GGAGCUUCUGUGAUUACCCAAGAAGCUGUAAAUGGAGCUCCAAUUAUCAAUGUGGUCGCCGGGAUUAGCCAUCGGAGCAGUGGUGGUAAUACUUUUGACGCACUUGGUUUACAGGUGGAGAAAUCCCAAAUGUAAUGGAGUCCUUCCUCCGGGCUCCAUGGGCUUCCCUCUCAUCGGAGAGACCAUUCAGCUUAUAGCUUCCGGCAACACUCUGGACCUUCCUCCCUUUAUCAAGAAGAGAGUGCAAAAAUAUGGACCCAUAUUUCGGACCAGUCUGGUGGGUCGAUCCAUUGUGGUUACGGCUGACCCUGAAAUCAACAGUUUCAUUUACGCUCAAGAAGGGAAGACGGUGGAGCUCUGGUAUUUGGACUCCAUUUCCAAGGUGCUCAAGCAAGACGGUGACACUAGGACAACCGCGGGCGGCGUGAUUCAUAAGUACCUCAGAGGUAUCACUUUGAACCACUUCGGCUCCGAAAGUCUCAAGACGAAGCUGCUUGCUGAUAUCCAGCGAUGCGUCGACAAGGUUCUCGUCCAGUGGUCCAGCCGUCCGUCUGUUGAAAUGCAGCACGGGACUCUUGCUAUGCUAUACGAUUUCAACGCGGAUGUGAUGUUCGGAUAUGACCCAGAGAAGUCGAGCGAGAGUAUCAGCGAGAGCUUAAUCACAUUAGCAGAUGGGUUUAUGGCGGUCCCGUUGAACUUGCCAGGAACGAAGUACAACAAAUGUCUCAAGGCGCAAAAGAAGCUGGUCAACAUGUUCAAGGAUCUUGUCAAGGAGAGGCGUCAAGCUGCUGCUGCUAAUGCUCGAGGGGAUUUUCUUGAUCAGGCCCUGCGCGACAUUGGCAGCGAACAAUUUCUAUCUGAGGAAUUCGUUGUGAAUUUACUGUUCGGAAUUUUAUUCGCUAGUGGGUCGGUGUCGGGAUCGCUCACCUUGAUGCUCAAGCUACUUGCAGAGAAUCCAUCCGUGGUGCGGGAGUUGACUGCCGAGCAUGAAGCGUUUCUUAAACAGAGGAAGGAUCCAGAAUCUCCCAUAACUUGGGAGGAGUAUAAGUCAAUGACAUUUACGCUUCAAGUUAUAUAUGAAACUCUGAGAUUGUCAAACGCACUGCCAUUUCUACUGCGGCGAACAAUAAAAGACCUGAACAUCAAAGGAUAUACAAUUCCAGCGGGGUGGACGCUUAUGGUUGCAAACUCAGCUCUCCACUUGAACCCUGGCACCCACAAGGAUCCAUUGGACUUCAACCCAUGGCGGUGGAAGGACCUAGACCAACACUCUAUUUCGAAGAACUUGCAGCCGUUUGGAGGAGGAUCUCGGCAAUGCGCUGGGGCAGAUUACAGCAGGGUUUUCAUGGCCAUCUUCCUCCACACUCUGCUCACUAAGUAUAGUUGGAGAAAGGUGAAGGGAGGAGACAUUUCUCGAAGUCCUAUUCUGAAAUUUGGAGAUGGGCUUCAUAUCAGCUUCAAAGCCAAGGCUUAGAUUAGUCUGACAUGGGAUGAAAAAUGCUUUCUUUUGGUUUCGACCAACUCCACUUUGAUUCUCUGGUUUUUGUGUGUUAACUAUGUUUUGGUCAAUAAAAAGCUGGAUGGUACCAAGUGUAGUGUAUCACUGUCUUCUUUUUUAA